UUCCUUUCUCUCCUCAGUUGUGGGAACGAGAAGGGAACAGCAAGGCUGCCGGGGAAUAUGAAUGAAGAGAGAAGUACUAUGGAACCUCCGCAGCCCUGUAGGUUUGGAAGGCUUAAACCCAAGUUUGGAAAGGCUUUUUCCAUUCCAGAUGAUUUGCUGGCUUAAGCGCUUAAUUAGGAUGGCUUUUGAACAAGUUGGAUUAAACAUGGAAUCAGUGCUUUGGUCGAGCAAGCCUUAUGGUUCAUCUCGAAGUAUUGUAAGAAAAAUUGGUACUAACCUCUCUCUCAUACAGUGUCCACGAGUUCAGUUUCAGCUUACUUCUCAUGCCACAGAAGGAAACCAUCCUAAUCAUCUUAGAGAAGAUGCAGUGGCCUCCUUUGCAGAUGUGGGAUGGGUUGCUCAAGAAGAAGGUGAAGUCUCUACAAGGCUCAGGUCGGAAGUUUGGUCGAAAACAGCCCAGCCUCUUUCAGGUGACGUCCAUCAUUCUGGAAGGUCCCCAUGCAGACAGAUGUCCUUACAAAGCCCCUUGGAAGAGGAACAAGUGUCCAGGAGCACAGCGAUAGCAAACGAAGAAGCUCUGCAGAAGAUCAGCGCUCUAGAAAAUGAACUAGCCACUUUAAGAGCACAAAUAGCCAAAAUUGUCAUCUUGCAAGAGCAACAGAACCUGACAGCAGUUGGGUCAAGUCCAGUUGCUUCAGCUGCUCUCCCUGGUGCACCUCCACCACCACCACCACCUCCUCCUCCUCCUCCUCCACCGCUCAGUCCCCCGGGCCCGCAGCAGAGCGCGUCUGCCAUCGACCUCAUCAGAGAAAGGAAAAACAAAAAAACGAACUCUGGACAGAACCUGACAGAAAACGGGCCAAAGAAGCCUGAGAUACCAAACAUGCUCGAGAUCCUCAAAGACAUGAACAGCGUGAAACUGCGCUCAGUGAAAAGAUCGUCAGAAGGUCCAAAAUCCAAAGUGGCUGAUCCUGCAGACCCCGCCGCGUUGAUAGCGGAAGCGCUCAAGAAGAAAUUUGCGUAUCGAUACCGAAGUGACAGCCAAAGUGAGGUGGAGAAAGCGAUUCCAAAGACAGAAACGAAGACAAAGACGGAGGUGCUGUUCGGACCGCACAUGCUGAAGUCUACAGGAAAAAUGAAGACUUUAAUUGAAAAAUCUUAAGGGAUUAAAAAAUCACCACGGGAAAGACUGUUGAGCUCUUGUGUCCGGAAUCUCCUCUGUUGCCAACGGCACCGGCACCGAGCGCUCUCUGACAGCACGGGACCAAACCUCACGUGAGAUGUAGGAUUGAGGCACUAAACCUGUUUGUUUGGGAUUUAUCAAAGGGGGAAUAAAUUUUACCGUUUAUA